GAGUGUUAAGACGAUUUGAAUUCAGAACGUUUUUUGCUGUUUCCACAUCAAUUCAUUCCCAAACCAAAACUCUCAAGUCGUCAACAUGUCUUUGGAUGAACAAUUCAAUGCUGCCGCUGAAAGCGUCAAGACCAUGACCAAGCGUCCCACCGAUGAGGAAUUCUUGCAAUUGUACGCCUUGUUCAAACAAGCCACCGUUGGUGAUAACACCACCGACAAACCUGGCCUUUUGGACUUGAAGGGCAAAGCCAAAUGGGAAUGGUGGAACAAGCAAAAGGGCAAAUCUCAAGAGGAUGCCAAGAAGGAAUACAUUACCUUCGCUGCUUCAUUGGUAGCCAAAUAUGCCUAAAAAUGUUCCUUUAAUCUUAAAGCUUAGCUUAUACAUAUAAUUCCUGCUUUUCCUGCUAUAUGUACUCCUAUUUUUGUUAUUAAUUUAUCUAUGAAAAAGAAAAAAAGAAACGCAAAUAAAUAAUUUUGUAUAUUUUUAUAUUUGAUGAUAA